AUGGCAUCAUGGGAAGAGUAUUUGGCGGCACAACAAAACAACGACGGUGUGCAAUUCUCGUGGAACAUGUGGCCGCACAGUCGAAUUGAUGCGCAACGUUUAGUCGUUCCGCUCACCUGUUUCUUUACGCCACUCAAAGAAAAACCGGCGACUGAAGCGCAACAACCGCCGCUCGAAUAUGAUCCGGUGUUGUGUCAGAAGGCUAGCUGCAAAGCGAUUUUGAACCCACUUUGGUGAGCUUUUCAUCGAAUUUUUUGCAAAAAUUACAUGAAUAGUGUUGAAAAACAUCUAAAAAUCACCAGUUUUCGGUCUGGAUCGUGAAAAAUCAUCAAAAUUAGGCUCUGGACCUAGAAUCUGCCGAGUUUUAGCCCCUGGGGCCUAAAAUUGGAUGAGAUCCUGUUGCUAGACCUCAAAAUGACCCAAGAGCAGCUCUAGGAGCAUAAAUAGCACAGAAAUCAGCUCCAGGAGUCGGAAAAUCUUCGAAAAUACGCUAUGAGCUCAACAUUUUCGCUCCAGGAGCUGAAAAUCGAUGUAAUUUUGCUCUGCGACCUAAAAAUAUAUCAAAAGCAGCUCCAGGAGCCGAGAAAUCGUCAAAAAUAGCUCUAUGAGCAUGAAAAUCUGGUAACUUAGCUCCAGGAACCAAAAAUUCAUGAAAAAUAGGCCUCAGAGCUGAAUUUUGACGAAUUUUCGCUCCAAGACCUGUAAGCAGGGUGAAAGCUGCUCCAGGAGUUGAAAAAUCGUCAAAAGCUGCUCCAGAAGCUUGAAAAUCUCGUAAAUUAGCUCCAGGAACCAAAAAUUCAUGGAAAAUAGUCUCUAGAGCUGAAUUUUGACGAAUUUUCGCUCCGAGACCUCAAAAUGAGCCAAGAGCAGCUCCAGGAGCCGAGAAAUCGUCAAAAAUAGCUCUUGGAGUAUGAAAAUCUCGUAAAUUAGCUCCAGGAACCGAAAAAUUCAUGGAAAAUAGGCUUUAGAGCUAAAUUUUGACGAAUUUUCGCUCCUGAGCCGAAAAAUAGAGUAAAAGUUGCUCCAGAAGCAUGAAAAUCUCAUAAAGUAGCCCCAGGGAACAAAAACUCACGGAAAAUAGGCUUCAGAGCUGAAUUUUGACGAAAUUUCGCUCCAGCAGCUGCAAACAGGGUAAAAGUUGCUCCUGGAGAUUGAAAUAGGUCAAGCGAAGCUCCAGGAGCCGGAAAAUUGUCAAACAUAGACUGUGAGCCUGAAAUUUGAUAUAUUUCAGCUCCCGAGCCUAAAAAAUUUGAAAAAUAAUUGAAAAUUGAUGUAGAAAUCAAAGUUCACGUUUGAAAAUCGAAAUUUAUUUAAUCCAUUUUCUGCGUGACCUUUAAAUUUUUUCGAAUCCUGUUUUAUUUCGAAAUUUUUGUCAUUUUGAAAAAUGCUGGCGUUCGGAAAUGGCAGGAGAAGAAAUACGGUUAUAUGUAGUUAGGGUAAGUAAAAUAUGUGGGAUCAUAAAAAUCAGAAAAAAAUUAGAUCUAGAGCGUCAGAUUUUUGAGGUGAACGUUCAAAAAUCUUUGAAAUCAUAUCUAGAACUUAGAAAAUCAUGAAGACUAGUUCCAGAGCUCAGAAAUUCAUUCAAAUCAGCUCCAGAGCUCAAAAAACCAUAUAAAUUAACUCCAGAACCUAAAAAAUCAUGAAAGCUAGCCCCAGAGCAUGAAAAACCAUAUAAAUUUGCUCCAGAAUCUAGAAAGUCAUGAAAGCUAGCUCCAGAGCUCAAAAAAUCAUGUAAUUUAGCUCCAGAGCCUGAAAAACCUAAUAAAUUUGCUCUAGAAACUAGAAAAUCAUGAAAACCUGCUCCAGAGCUCAGAAAUUCAUGAAAAUUAGCUUUGGGGCACAAAAAAUCAUGAAAAACUGCUUCAGGACUCGAAAAUUCAUAUGAAUCAGCUCCUAAGCUCAAAAAAUCAUGAAAAUUCAUGAAAACUGGCUUCAGGGCUUGAAAAAUCAUCCAAAUUUGCUCCAGAAUCUAGAAAAUCAUAAAAAUUACCUCCAGAACCACUAAAAAUACCAUGAAAAACACUAAAAAGUUACCCUAACUCCUUCAAAAAUUUUUUGCAGCGCCGUCGAUUUCCGUGCCAAAAUCUGGAUCUGCCCAUUCUGCAACAAUCGCAAUCCAUUCCCAGCUCAUUAUGCGGCAAUCGCUGAAGACAAUCGACCACCAGAAUUAUAUCCACAAUUCACAACCAUCGAAUACACGUUGAGAAAAGCGACCACAAUGCCACCGAUUUUUGUGUUUGUUGUGGAUACUUGUAUGACUGCUGAAGAGCUGAAAUCGCUGAAAGAAUGUCUUCAGGUAGAGGAUUUUGAGUGGGGAAUUUGGAAAUUUGGGGGAAAAUUGACCUAGAAACUUGAUUUUUGGACAAAAAUUGAUGAUUUUUGAUGAAAAUUAUGCUGAAAACAUGAAAUUUUGACUGAAAAUUGAUGAUUUUUGAUGAAAAAAUGGGAUUUUUGAUGAAAAUUGACCUAGAAACUUGAUUUUUGGGUAAAAAUUGAUGAUUUUUGAUGAAAAUUAUGCUGAAAACAUGAAAUUUGGACUGAAAAUUGAUGAUUUUUGAUGAAAAAAUGGGAUUUUUGAUGAAAAUUGACCUAGAAACAUGAUUUUUGGACUAAAAUUGAUGAUUUUCAAUGAAAAUUGGAUGAAAAUUAGGCUGAAAAUAUGAAAUUUGGACUGAAAAUUGAUGAUUUUAUUGGAUUUUUGAUGAAAAAUAACCUGGAAUUCAUGAAUUUUGAUGCGAAAUUUGAUUUUCAGCUUCAAUUUACAUCUGAAAAUCUAGAUUUCUAUUCUGAAGUCUUGGCUGAAAUUUGAAACGUUUCGUGAUGGUUUUAAAUCUGAAAUUCAACAAUUUUGAAUUUUUUAACCUAAAAAAUCCUCUGAAAACUUGAAUUCUGCUCAAAAAUGGUGAUUUUUAUAUGAAAAUACUGGAUUUUUGAUGAAAAAUAACCUGGAAUUCAUGAAUUUUGAUAAGAAAUUUGAUUUUCAGCUUCAAUUUACACCUGAAAAUCUAGAUUUCUAGCCUGAAGUCUUGGCUGAAAUUUUAAACAUUUUGGGAUGAAUCUGAAACCAGAAGUUCAACAAUUUUGAAUUUUUCAACCUGGAAAUCCUUUGAAAACUUGAAUUCUGCUCAGAAUUUGAUGAUUUUUAAUGAAAAUACGGGAUUUUGAUGAAAAAUAACCUGGAAUUCAUAAAUUUUUAUCUGAAACUUGAUUUUCAGCUUCAAUUUUCAUCUGAAAAUCUAGAUUUCUAGCCUGAAGUCUUGGCUGAAAUUUCAAACGUUUUGUGAUGGUUUUAAAUCUGAAAUUCAACAAUUUUGAAGUUUUUGAUCUGGAAAUCCUCUGAAAACUUGAAUUCUGGGCCGAAAUCUUGAAGUUUUGAUGAAUUCUCAGCUAAAAAUCUUGAAAUUCUGUUUUUUUCUCUUGAAUUUCGUCAAUUUUCAGCACAAAAAAUGAAUUUCGAGCUGAAAAUCCAUGAGAAAUUCAAAUUUCCAGGAUUUUUUCUUCAAAAUUGAUCUGAAAUGCUGAAAAUCAAGAUUUUCAGACCAAAAUUUCAUAAUUUUCAAUUUCGAAAUCCCCCGAAAUUCAAAAAAUCCGGCUUCUUUUCAUUUUUUUUUCUUUUCAAAUAAAAAGCCCUUCAAAAUUAUUCGAUUAAUACACAAAAAAAAAACACAAAAACACAUGAAAACACCCGAAAAUCCAUGUUUUUUUGUUUUCAGACUGCACUUUCGCUUUUGCCAGCUGAUGCUCUUGUUGGUUUGAUCACUUUCGGCAGAAUGGUACAAUUGCACGAACUCAAUGUUCAAGGAAUCUCGAGAAGCUAUGUUUUUAAGGUAUGGGGUGGGAUUUGAGGCGUUUUGAGCCGGAAAUUUGAGAAAAUCAGUGAAAAUGAUGGAUUUUGAGCCAAAAUUUGAGAGAAAUGAGCAAAAAUGAUAGAUUUUGAGACAAAAUUUGAGAAAAAUGAUGAAAAAUUAUGGAAUUUGAGAUGAAUUUGCGUUGAAACAGUGGAUUUUGACCUAUUUCGGGCUGAAAAUGAGCAAGUGCGCUCUAUUGAACUUGACAAGGUUUUUGGGAUAUUUUUCUAUGAAAAUGAUGGGUUUUAAGCCAGAAAUUUGGAAAAAUGAGCAAAAAUGAUGAACUUUGAGAAAAAUUUGCGUUGAAACAGUGGAUUUUGACCUAUUUUGAGGUGAAAAUGAGCAAGUGCGCUCUAUCGAACUCUGAAAAUCGAUAAAAAUAUAUGAAAUAAGCAAAGAUGCUCUAUUGAACUCCAGAAAAUCACAAAAAUCCUGGAGAACGAGCAAAUGCGCUCUAUUGAACACCAAGAAAAUUGAAAAUAUUUUCAAAACUGAAAAUUAGAUAAAUUGAGCAAGUGCGCUCUAUCGAACUCUAGAAAAUCACAAAAAUCCUGUAGGAGCAUAUGCGCUCUAAUGAACUCCAAGAAAAUUGAUAAAAUUUUCAAAACCAAAAAAAUUAGUUAAACUGAGCAAAUGCACUCUAUCGAACUUUAUCAAAAGCCACAAGACAUCUAAAACAAGCAAGUUCGCUCCACCGAACUACAAAAAUUGUCCGAAAUUGCAAACGCGCUCCAUUGGACUCUUACCCGCUUUUCUUGAAAUUUUCAAAAAAUCUUUUUUUCUUCUUUUUUUUCUCCUUUUUUUUCACCCAAUUCCAAACACUGUGUAUAUUUAUUUAAAUAAUUCAUAUUUUUGUUCAAUUUUCACAAAAAAAUUUAAUUAAAUACACAAAAAAGGUAUUAUAUACUGGAGAAUAUUUUUAGAUUUUUCGGCGAUUUUUUUAGCCCAUGACAAUAUUUCCGCCUAUUCGUUGUAGUCGUUUUGUUGGCGAUGGAAGUGGCGGAAUUUGGUCCUGAAAAUGAAAAUUGAAAUUUUCAGCAUUUUUUUGACUGAAAAUUGAGCAAUUUAGCCUAAAUAUGUAUGAUUUUAAUGAGAUUUUUUAUGAUGUUUUUGUUUUGUUUUUUUCUAACACCCACUUUUUCUUGGAAUUUUGAUUUUGAAGAAAUUCUAAGAAUUUUAGGGCUUCUUGUUGAAAAUUUCAAUUUUUUUUUAUUUUUAGAAUUAGAAUUUUGGAAGUACGUGAGAGAUUUUUUGGGGAUUAGUACAAGUCUGGGCCAAAAAGUGCAAGGGAAAAGCCUAUUUUUGACUGAAAAUCUGGAAAUUUCAGCGAAUUUUAAGUCAAAACUUUGGGCGACAGCUGAAAAUUGACAUUUUGUUGAAAGGUGAACUUUUCGCAGACUUGUUACGUAGGAAUUUGCGAUUUUUUCUUGGAAAUUGAGGCUGGGAUUUUGUUAGGCCCGGACCUAGGCUCAGGCCCAACUUCAGGCCUACGAAUGAGCCUAUAGUUAGGCCUUAAGCCUAGAAUUCCUAUAAGGCUGUAGCUUUAACAUGAGCAAUAUUGAAAUUUACGAGAAAAAUGGAGUUUUCUGGCUUGGAAACUUUUUACUCAGGUUUCUAAGCUUGUUAAGGUCGUUCUUAAGUUCAUUAAGGUUCUUAAGGUCCUUAAAAUCAUCUUAGGUCAUCAUAGGCUCAAUUUUAAGCCUUCUAACAUUAAUUUUCAGAUUUUUUGACUUAAAGGCUCGCUAAAAUGGUUAAAGAGCCUGAAAAUGAGCCCAAGGAGCUUGUUAGGAGCCUAAUGAGAUUUAAGGCUCUUAUGAAUAUGACCUUAAUGGUCUUCUCUAAGACUAGUUAAUUUUUGUGAGCUGAAAAUCUAGAAAAUUCUGAUUCCCGGAAAAUUUUUGAAUUUUUUCCGAGAAAAAUUCCAUGACGCAUUGUUUUUCUAGUUUCCGGAAAAUUGAAAGAUGCUCCGAUUUGAUAACCGAAUUUAAUUGCUCAUUUUAAAUUGGAUUUUUGUCUAGAGCAAAACAUAGAGAACACAAUUUGUAGUUGAACGCGUUGCGGUCAUGCGCUGCGUGUUGUUUUCAAUUUUGAUCUACUAAGAGCGCUCACCGGGAAUUGAACCCGUGACUUUGAGAUUCAUGACCGCAACGCAUGACCGCGACGCACCCAACAACAUAAGACUCACCCGUUUCGGAUAAAAUCGUCUAGCAUAAAAGCGGGCGGCCGGAAAUUGUCUCCGCUCAACUUCUUGAUCCAAAAUGUCGGCCAAUCGGCGAAUGCUCUCUUUUGCACGAGAAUUCAAUUGAUCAUAGGAUUCGGAGGAUUCGGGAGCCGAAAAUUCGGGGACCAUUAUUGCGCAAUGAUUGAUUUGUACCGAAAUUAUGAGGAGGAGAAUCGCGAGGAUUUUGUGCAUUUUUGGGGCCUGGAAAUGUGCAUUUUGAGCCAAAGUUUGGAGAAAAACGAGGAAAUUGACGAAAAAUUGGUUAAAAUUCAUGUUUCUAGCCUGAAAAUGGUCUAGAUUCAUGUUUCUAGCCUCAAAAUGGCCUGAAAUCAUGUUAAAAGCCUGAAAAUGGCCUAGAUUCAUGUUUCUAGCCUGAAAAUGGCCUAAAUUCAUGUUUUUAGCCUGAAAAUGGCCGAAAGAUCAUGUUUUUAGCCUGAAAAUGGCCUAAAUUUGUGUUUCUAGCCUGAAAAUGGCCUAAACUCAUGUUUCUAGCCUGAAAUGGCCUAAAAUUGUACAUUUAUAGCUGAAAAAAUUAGUAAAAAUCCAAGAAAAAUGAGAUAAUGCUUGGAAAAUUUGAUUAGUCGCUUUUAUAUUGAGCAAAAGUGGGCGGAGCUUAGCUCGGCGAAAAAUGAAUACAUGGUAGCUCUUUGGAAGUAUUUAGAGCCAGGGGGAUUAGUGAGCAAUUUUUUGGAGGAAUUUUGUAGUUCUGAUUUAAAACAUUAGGGAAUUUGGGGGCUUCGGAGGGAAAUUCGAAUUUUUUGUGAUGAAAUUCAGUUGUGACGUGGCAUUUUUUAACCCGAAAAUUGAAAUUUUCACAAUUUUUGACCUAGAAAUUACUCUGAAAAUUUGAAAAUCACGAUUUUCAGCUUCAAAAUGAGCUAUGACGUGGCUGGAAAAAAAUCUGAAAUCCCAAAUUUUUCAACAAAAAAAAAUCGUAAAAAAUGCGAAAUUUUGAGCCAGAUGAAUAUUUAAUGAAAUUAUUUUUUUUUGCAAAAAAAAUUGAGCAUAUUUUUGGCAAUGCUCCAGAUUUUUAGCCAAAUUUUGCUGAAAAUUAAGAUUUUUGCCACAUCAUAGCUCAUUUUCAGCCAAAAAUUCUCAAAAUUUCAAAUUUCCAGCACCAAAACUCAAAAAUUCAGUCAUUUCUUAGGGAUUUUGCUGAAAAUUUGGUUUUUUGCCACGUCCUAGCUCAUUUUCAGCCAAAAAUUCUUAAAAUUUCGAUUUUCUAGCAUCAAAACUCACAAAAAAAUCACCUUUUGGUCAUUUUUCUCCACACAUUUUCCAUGUUUGGAAGAGGAAUUGAAUUUCUAAACAACCUGGGAAAAAGUAAUUCGCAAAAAAAAUUUAAAUUGAAAAAAAAAUGAUGUGGGAAAUUUAGAUGAGAUUUUUUGAAACAGUGAAAAAUUUGGAACUUUUUUGCAGGGAACCAAAGAAGUGACACAAAAACAAAUCAAAGAUGUUCUGGCGUCGGGAAUUGUGAGACCUGGAGCACCUGGAAUUGGAGCAGCACCUGGAGCACCAAUUGGUGAGGGUUUUGGGGGGAAAUUUGAGAUUUUUGAAGAAAUUUGGAGCAUUUUGAUAUAAAACACACGAUUUUUGAGCAAUUUUGGAGCAUUUUGAUAUAAAAUUUGAAAAAAUUGAAGAAUUUUGAAGAGUUUUGAUAUAAAGUUUGAAAAAAUUGAAGGAAAAUGAGGUUUUGCACUUAUUUUUGAGGAAUUUCGGGUAAAUUCUGAUGAAAAUCUUGUAUUUUCAGCAAUUUUUGAUCAGAAAAGCUGAAAUUCUUGAAAUUUUCAAAAUUUUAAACCAGAUCUGGAAAUUUAUAGAAAAUCUGGCCUUUCAGAGGUUUUUCAGACAAUUUUCAGAAUUUUUGUGAUUUUCUGAAACUUUUUCUCGAAAAUCUUAUGAAUUCUGGAUUUUCAGGUUUUUCUGGAGAAUUUUUCUGAGAAAAUUUUCAAUCCAAAAAAUUCUGGAAAAUUUUGAAAAAAAAACUGAAUUUCUAGGUGAUUUUCAGCCAAAAAUUCUGAAAAUAGCAGAGAAUUUUGAAUUUUUCUAGAAAAAUCCACAUUUUCCCCAUUUUCUAACCUGAUUUUCAACCAGAAAUUUUGAAUUUCAGCCAUUUCUUAUCUGAAAAUUCAUUCCCAAAAAAUUGCUAUGAAAUUUUUGGCUAGAAAAUUCUGGAAUUUUCUCAAUUCCUUCAUUGAAAACUAGAAAUUCGGCUAUUUUCUGCAUAUUUUCAGAAAUCUGAAUUUUAAGCUGAAAAAUGGGCUGAAGAUACAGAUUUCCAGAGAGAAUCUGAAAUUUUAAUUAAUUUUUCAGUCAAAGUUUUUUUUCUGAAAAAGUUCCGGGAGCAAAAUUCAAAUUUUAUUUUUUCAAAAGCCUAAGCCUAAUCUUCGAAAAAUCCAAAAUUCCAAUGAACUUCCGAAAAUAAACUAUACAAAAAAUUCACAAAUCCCAAGAAAAUGACGUGUUUUUGAAAAAUAAAGGCACUGAAAAACGUAUAAAUUUAGAAUGAUGUUAUGUUUUUUGCAGGCGGAAUCCCACCACAACAACAACAAAGGCCAUUGGGACCUGGCCCGGCUGGGCCUGGUCCAAUGGGACCAGGCGGGCCUGGACUACAAGGACCACAUCAACAUGCGCCGCAGAAUAAGUUUUUGCAGGUAAGAAUGGGCUGGAAUUGGGAUUUUCAGCGAUAAUUGUCUGAAAAUGAGGGUUUCUGACCGAAUUUUGGCCCAAAAAUCGAUAAUUUUGACCAUGAAAUUUGAAAUUUCAAGCUGAAACUAGAGUCUAGUUUAAUAUGAAUUUUUUCCAAACGUAAUUCUGUCUUUUGAAAAUUGUAAUCCGGAUCAUUUUGCACACAACAUUUUUUUUUUGCUUUUGAGAUCACGAAUUUUCGUUCUUUGGAAUGGAUUAGUCAUUUUGUUCAGACCAAAAAUACUGAAAAUUUUGGAUUACUGUAGUUUUUUUGGUGCUGAAAUUGAAGAGAAUUUGAAAAAUUGGGGGUACUGUAGGUUUUUUGGCGGGUAAAAUUUAGCUACAGUAAGAUUUUCUAGGGUGAAAGUUUGGGUACUGUGGGAUUUUCAAAUGGGCCUAUGCAGAAUAAUAUUUUGUAAUAAAAAAACAUAAAAAAAACAUUUUUUUCCUAUGCAGAAAAAACGUCGAAAAAACAAAAUAAAGACAACGUGAAAUUGAGAGAGCGCAGACAUAAAAUGGGUUUUUUUGUCUGCACUCUCUUAAUUUCACGUUGUCUCUACUCAAAAUAAUAAACUGUAUAUUUUGUUUUUUCGACGUUUUUCUGCAUAGGAAAAAAUGUUUUUUUAUUACAAAAUAUUAUUCUGCAUAGGCCCAAAAGAUUUUAGAGUUAGAAAAAACACUGAAGGGUUUUUAGGUCCAAAAUUUGAUCUACAGUAAUUUUAGAGUACUGUAGCUGUUUUAUUUCAACUUAUAGUUUUUUUGUGCUAAGAUUAGAGUACUGUAGGAUUUUUUGAUCUACAGUAAGUAAUUUUAUGUUGUAAUUAGAGUACUGUAGGCGCAAAAAUUAAAAGAUCUACAGUAAGAUUUGUGGCAACAAAAUAAGAGUACUGUAGGAUUUUUAUCAAGCUACAGUACAAUUAGGAUACUGUAGAAUUUUAAGCGCCAAAAAUUUAUCUACAGCACCAUUUUUCAGCACUGAAAUUUGAGCUACAGUAAGCAUUUUGGCAUCAAAAUAAGAGUACUGUAGGAUUUUUAGGCUUUCAAAAUUUAUUGAGCUACAGUACCCUCUUUACACAUUUUCAGCCCAGUUUUUUCUCCUCUGAAAAUUUUUUUUUUGCUUUUUCCAUAGAUCACACUAAGCCACACUAAAAAGUGCUUCUGCAAAAAUUUUCUUAGAACCGGGAAGUUUAUUUUAUUUUUUUCGCCUUCUAAAGGAUUAAAAUCUGGGAUUUCUGGAAGAUUAGCAAAGUCUACAGUAACCCCGAGAUCAAACUACUGUGUAGUUUAGUUACGGUUGAAAAAUCCCCUCAUUAAAUACAGUAAUCCAAACUACAGCUACAGUAACCCCAAUUUUGCAGCCAAUCAGUGAAUGCGAUGAAAGUAUCAAUGAUUUGAUCGAUCAAAUUACGGUGGAUCGCUGGCCGGUUCCACAAGGACAUCGACCAUUGAGAGCAACUGGAGCUGCUCUCGCAGUUGCUGUAACUCUUAUUGAGGUGAGAGAUUUUUUGGGCGGAAAUUUGGGAAAAAAUGAGCCAGAAGUGUGAAAAUUGGUCAAAAAUGAGCCAUUUUGGCUCUGAAAAUCCACCGGAAACUCAUUAUAUCUACCACCUUUUUUUAGUAAAAAACAAACCAAUUUUUUCACAAAAAAAUGUGGCUCCGGAAAUUUGAGCUGAUGUUUUGUACCCCAAUUUUUAUAGAAAAAUUGGCAUUAAAUUUGGAAAUCCAAAAGCUAAGUAAUCCUUUUAUUAUCGAUUUCUUAAAAUAACCGGAUAAAUAUAUGAAAAUUUUGAAACAGUUAAUUUUUGUAGAUUUUUUUUGGUAAUUUUUAAAGAAUUAAUAAAAAAAUAUAUUUAAAAGUUUCUUUAUUGAAUUUUUGAAACAGUGAAAUUUUUUUGAUGGUAAAAAGCGUUUUUCUUAAAUUAUCAAAAUUGUGAAAAGUUUUUUUGAAUUGUAAAAAUUUAGGAAAAAAAAAUAUUUUUAUAAUUUUACCGAAAAUAUAACAAUGAAAUAAUAAGGAAAUAACUCAUCAAAAAUUAUAUGAAAAAUUUGAAACAGUGAAUUUUUGUAUAAAUUUUUGUUGGCGAAUUGAUUAUUCUGGAAUUGUAAAACAGAAUCACGAAAUGUUCUUUAAACAAUUUUGAAACAGUGAAAUUUUUUUGGAAUUAUUUCGGAUUUCUGGGAUUUUCCGGAUGUUUUCAGACGGAAAUUGAUAGUUUUUAAGAAAAAAUCUACAAAUCACGUUUUUAAAAUCACCAAAAAAUUUAGAAAUAUUUUGAAACAGUGAAUUUUUGUCAAAAAAUUUUUCAGCAAAAAAAAUGUGCAUAACUACGAAAAAAAGUUUUUUCCGGAUUAUUAGAACCCAAAAAUUACCAAAAAAAUAUAGAAAUGCUUUGAAACAGUGAUUUUUUUCCAAUUUUUUUUCGCGAUUUUUUUAUAUUAUUAUUAGAACCCAAAAAUUACCAAAAAAUUUAGUAAUAAUUUGAAACAGUGAAUUUUUUACCCCGAAUUUUUUUGGAAUUGAAAAUAAUGCCUAAAAAUUUGGAAAAAACUGGAAAAUUUUUGCUGAAAUUUGGAAAAUAUGAUUUGAAAAAGUAAUCUCCAGAAAAUUCCCCCAACCCCAUUUUUUUUGCAGUCCUGCUUCCCGAAUACUGGCGCCCGAAUCAUGUCAUUCAUCGGCGGAGCCUGUACCCAUGGCCCUGGAGCCGUUGUCGGAGAAGAGCUCAAAAAUCCCAUCAGAUCAUGGAAUUCGAUCAAAGAAGACAAUGUGCCAUUCAUGAAAAAAGCCACAAAAUUCUAUGAUUCUUUGGCUGCACGAGUUGUCAAAAAUGGCCAUGCCGUCGAUGUUUAUUCGUGUGCUUUGGAUCAAACUGGUCUGCUAGAAAUGAAGAAUUUAUUCAAUUCCAGUGGUGGACAUGUUGUAAUGGGAGAUUCGUUCAAUUCGUCACUUUUCAAACAAACUUAUCAACGAUCUUUUGAAAAGGAUGGACAUGGAGCGCUGAAGAUGGGAUUCAAUGCGACGAUGGAGGUGAAAGUUGGAGCUGGAUUGAAGAUUGAAGGAGUGUUGGGAUGUUGUGCGAGUGGAAAUGUGAAGAAUGCGAAUGUGUCGGAUCAGGAGAUGGGAAUUGGAGGCACUUGUCAAUGGAAGUUUGGAGCGAUUUCGCCGAGGACCACGAUUGGAGUGGUUUUUGAGAUUGCUGCACAACAUGGAACUGCUGUGCCACAAGGGGGAAGAGGUUGGUGAAUUUGGGGAAUUUGAGAGGGCCUCUUGAAGCCUUUUAGAGCCCUUAAGGCCUUUUUAAGGUUCUUUAUAGUAUUUGGACUCUUUGAGAGCCUUUCUGAGCACUUCUGGGCUCUGAAAAUCAGGUUUUUGAGGAUCUGAAGGGUUUCAUGGCUUCAAAAGGCUCUAAAUUAGAUUUAGAGCUGUCUGGGGCCUUUUCAGAGCACAUCUGGGCUCUGAAAAUCAAGUUUUUAAGGCUUUAAGGUUUUUAUGGCUUCAAAAUGCUCUACACCGGUUUAAGAGCCUCCUAGGACCUUUUAGAGCUCUGAAAAUCAGAAUUUUGAGGCUUUAAGAGCUCUAGAAGGCUCUUAGAAGCUCUUAAAGGUUGCUAGAGGCCUUUGGGCUUAAAGGCUGUAUUUUUUUUCAAUCUGAAAAUUUAGAAGUUUCAUCUUGAACAACAGAAAAUUUCUUUAAAAAUUUACUGUUUCAAAGUUUUUCUAAAAAAUUUUGAAUAAUUUGAAAAAAUAUUCACUAAUUUCAACUACGGGCUCUGAAAAGCAGGUUUCAAACGCUCUGAGAGCUCUAGAAGGCUUUCAGAGGCCUUUGAGCUUGAAGGCUGUAAUUUUUUUCAAUCUGAAAAUUUAGAAGUUUCCCCUUGAACAUUGCUUUAAAAAUUUACUGUUUCAGAGUUUUUCUAAAAAAAUUUGAAUAAUUUGAAAAAAUGUUGUCGCAAGAAUUUACAUUCAAAAAAAAUACUGUUUCAAAGUUUUUCUAAAUAUUUGGAAUUAAUUUUUGAAAAUGUUUCUUGUUGGCGGGGCGUUGAUUACCAAAUUUCAGAAAAUGUACUGUUUCAAAAAUUUUUGAUUUUAAAAUUACAUUUUCAAAAAUAAUUGACAACGUCCUAAAUUUUGUAUUACAACAAUUCAAAUUUCCAGGUCUCGUUCAAUUUGUCACACAAUAUCAACACGCGGAUGGUCGGAAAAGAAUUCGAGUUACAACAACUUGUAGAAGUUGGGCCGAUAUGACGACACAACAACCCAACAUUGCCUACGGUUUCGAUCAAGAAGCCGCGGCCGUCGCCAUCGCAAGACUCGCCUCGUUCCGCGCGGCAAACGAAAAUGACACGCCGGAAGCGUUGCGUUGGCUCGACCGCACGCUCAUUCGAUUGUGCCAAAAGUUUGGCGAAUAUGUGAAGGAUGAUGCGAAUAGUUUUAGAUUGAGCGAGAAAUUCUCGCUCUUCCCCCAAUUUAUGUUCCAUUUGAGAAGGUCGCAGUUUUUGCAGGUAUGGGAAUUUUGAACUGGGAAUCGUAUUUUUUUGGAGCAGAAACCCAAAAGAUUACCUGAAAAUUCUACAUUUUUUGAUCUAGAAAAUUCAAACAGUGAAAUUUUGUAGAAAAAUUCUGAAUUUUUUGAGGAAAAUGUACUGUUUUUCAUCGUUUUUAGCCUGAAAAUUGGCUGAAAUUUUCCAAUUUUUUUUUCAAAUUUAUAUAGAUCAAGAAAUAACUGAAAAUUCUGAAUAUUUUACUAUAAAAUAUUUGAAACAGUGAAAUUUUUCAAAAUAAAAACUCAUUACGCCCAUAAAAUUAUUACCUCAAAAUUCUAAAUUUUUUGAUCUAGACAAUUUCAAACAGUGAAAUUUUGUAGAAAAAAAAAUCUGUAAUUUUUGAGCUUAAAAUAUACUAUUUUUCUAAAUUUUCAGUCAUAAAAUUACCUGAAAUUCUGUUGAACUUUUCACUAAAAAAGUAUGAUUUUUACGAAGAAUGAAGCUUCUGUAGAUUACCUGAAAAUUCUGAAUUUUUUGCUAUAGAACAUUUGAAACAGUGAUAUUUUUUGUUGGAAAAAUUCUGUAAUUUUUCAGCUGAUUUCACUAUUUUUCAUUAUUUUCCAUCAAAAAAUUGAAAAUAGCAUUACCUGAAAUUUCUGAAUGUUUUCGUAUAAAAUAUUUGAAACAGUGAAAUUUUUUAGCAAAAAAAAACUUUGAAUUUUUUUUUAGCUAAAAUGCACUAUUUUUCAUUGUUUUCAGGCUGAAAUUUUCCAAAUUUUUUUCCAAAUUUUUUUCAUCUCAUCCAAUACCUGAAAAUUUUGAAUUUUUUAAUUUAAAAUAUUUGAAACAGUGAACUUUUUUAAAAUAAAAACUCAUAACGCCCAGAAAAUUAUUACCUCAAAAUUCUGAAUUUUUUGAUCUAGAAAAUUUGAAACAGUGAAAUUUUGUAGAAAAAAUUAUGAAUUUUUUGAACUAAAAUCCACUGCUUUUCAUUGUUUUCAAGCUGAAAAUUGGCUGAACUUUUGCAAAAAAAAUUUUGAACUUUAAUAUCACAUCGAAUACCUGAAAAUUCUGCAUUUUUGAUCAGGAAAAUUUGUAACAGUGAAAUUUUUCACCAAAAAAAAACAUUUUUUUUCAAAGUUUUCUACUACAAACUUUAUUUUUCCUCCCAAUAUUCCCCAUUUUUUUGCAGGUUUUCAACAAUUCUCCUGAUGAAACUGCAUAUUAUCGACACAUUUUGUUCUCCGAAAAUGUAUUGGAAUCUACAACAAUGAUUCAACCGGUUUUGUUUAGUUAUUCUUUCAAGUGAGUUUUUCUGGGAUGGUUUUGGUUUUCAGAUAGUUUUGGCUGAAAAUUGGGGAUUUUUUGAGAUAAAACAUGUAUAGAAAAAUUCACUGUUUCAAAGUUUUCAUAUAAUUUUUGGAAUUAUUUUUGGAGAAUGUUCUUCGUAUAUUUUUAUGGAAUUAUAUAUAAAAUUGCUACAAAUCUGGAAUUUUGAGCAGAAAAAUUAUGAAAAAUAGUUCAGAAAAAUUCACUGUUUCAAAAUUUUCAUAUAAUUUUUAGAUUGUUUUUUGUAAUGUUUAUUUUUCCAUUAUCAAGGUUUUUCUAUAAUUUUACAGGGUGACCCAUAAUUAUUGUCGCCACUUUGAACCUCUGUAGGUAGAACAAGAUUUCGAAUUUUAACAAUGUUAAGGUCGGAAAUUUUAGAAAACAUGAUUACUGACAGAUUUUCAAAACUAUACCGACCACACAAUUUUUUUCCCACCCACCACCUUCACCAACCCCAAAAACUAUGAAUUUUGCGAUUUUAAGCCUCUUUUUUCUCUUUCCAAGUUCCAGAAAUGUAUCAGACUGAACAUAUGUAUUUGGAAAUUAUGUUUUAAUACAUUUUUUGAUGUCCUGAACAAGAUAUAAUAGCAUAUCUUGCAAGAGUUUACCGCUUCUCACUUGUUUCAGGGCUCCAAAGUCAAGCGUCUUUUCCGAAAUUUCAAAAAAAAAUCGAGAAAAAUCAAGAAAAACAGCAAAAUCCAUUCUGAGAUCGAGUAUGAAAUUUUGUGUGGAACUUUUUGUGAACAUGCCUAUUCUAUGCUCUAAAACAAAGUAUUUUGGGAUCUGAAACCUAGCUCGAAUCUGACUUGGAGUUAGCAAAACUCCCAAAACCAUGAAUUUUGAGCGCUUUCUACAAUGAAGGUCCCUAUUUUUUUCUGAUAAUUUCCAGCUUUGGUGUUGUGCAAAAACCCAUUUCAGGGACCGAAUUUAGGAUAUAAACACUUUUGGGCUUAGUCAGUAUUCACCAUUCUCAUAAAAUUUACACCUAAAGUCCCAAAAACUAAUUUUUUCUGAAAAAUUAUUUUUGGAAAUCUAUCUCUACUUUACCGCUGCUACUAUAAUCCAGCAGAGGUAAUAUGAUCAAAAUAGAGUACAAAUGUUUCAUUAUAUAACCUUUAAGAUUAAAUUUAUCAAAAUCAAACUUUAUCUAAUUUCGUUUUGAAAAUGUAGAACUCAGGUGAACGAGUUCCACUCACGCGACAAUAAUUAUGGGUCACCCUGUAAAAUCAUUUUUUACAAACCAUAUUGAUUGUCGAUACUUUCCAAAAUUCUAGAAAUUUUCAAACUUUAUUUUAGAAAUUUCAAUCAUUUCUGAGGAAAAUCAAUAAUUUGCGGAGAAUCUCAUAAAUUUUUGAAAUAAAAUGUUUUCAUAAAAAAAUGUUGCUGUUUCAAAGUUUUCCUAAAAUUUUUGAAAAUGUUAUAUUCGCUGGUUAAAGUUUAUCAUUAUAAAUUCUGAAAUUUUGACUGUUUUUUCUAGAAAAACUGAAGUUUCUGAGGAAUUUUCAGCCAAAAAAUUGAGAAAACUCAAAAUUUUGAUUCUGAAAAAAAAAUUCACUGUUUCAAAAUUUUCCUAAAAUUUUUUGAAUUGUGUUUUGGAAAUGUUUAUGUUUUCAUUAAAACUAUAAAAUUUUCGGUCUAAAAAAUGAAUAAUUUCAGAUGUAAUUUUGACUGAAAAUUUCAGAAUCUCGAAGAAUUUUCGGAUUUUGGCAGAAAAAUUAUGAAUUUUAGAGAAUAAAAAAGUUGAGAAAAAUUUGCUGUUUCAAAGUUUUCCUAUAAUUUUUGAAAUUUUUUUUGAAAAGUUUUAUUUGUUGAUUCAGUAUUAAUUUCGAUUUUUUGGGCACUUUUUCUAGAAAACCUGAAUUUUUUGACAAGGAACUUUCAACCAGCCAAAAAAUUGAGAAAUUGAGCAAUUUCGAUUCUGAAAAAUCACUGUUUCAAAAUUUUCAUAUAAUUUUUGGAUUGCUUUUUGAAAAUGUUUAUUUUUUCAUUAUAUAAGUAUAUCAAAUUCUGAAAUUUUCGAUUUAAGAAUAAAUAAUUUCAGAUGUAUUUUUUUAGCUGAAAAUUUCAGAAUCUCGGGGAAAUUUGGAAUUUUGAAGAAUAAAAAAGUUCAGAAAAAUUCACUGUUUCAAAGUUUUUCUAUAAUUUUUUGAAUUGGUUUUGGAAAUGUUAUAUUUUCUGAUGUUUUUUUAUCAUUAUAAAUUCUGAAAUUUCGAGUGCUUUUUCUAGAAAACCUGAAUUUUUUGAGUAACUUUCAGCCAAAAAAAAAUGAGAAAAUUCGGAAUUUUUGUUCUGAAAAAAUUUACUGUUUUAAAAUUUUUCUAUAAUUUUUGAAGUGUGUUUCGGAAAAUUUUGAUAUCGUAGUUCUACCGAAAAAAACGAAACUAUCGAAAUUUCACAAAAAAAAUGUACUGUUUCAAAGUUUUCUUAUAUUUUUCAAGGAAUUAUUUGAAAAUAUUAACUUCUUAAUGUUCGUUUCAAAAAUCAUCAGAAAUUUACUAUUUCAAAAAUUUGUGAAACAUUUUGGAUUUAUGUUCAGAAUUGAUACACGCGUUUUGAAACAUUCAAGCAAAAUUCUGAGAAAUUCAUCUGAAACUCUUAAAAAUCCCGAAUUUUUCACAAAAAUCCCUCUAUUUUUAGCAGCGGUCCAGAGCCAGUAAAAUCGCAAUUCUUGAAUUUUCAGAGUUGCUCAUAAUUUCACUGUUUCAAAACUUGCACAUACGAUUUUGAAAAUCCGAAUUCUAAUUCCAAUUUUAAUUGCUAAUCGAAUAUAAUUUCAGAUAUAUUUUUAGCUGAAAAUUUCAUAUUUUCUGAGAAAUUUGGAAUUUUGAGCAGAAAAAAUUAUGAAUUUUGGAGAAAAAUAGUUCAGAAAAAUUUGCUGUUUCAAAAUUAUUCUAUAAUUUUAAAGUCAUUUUUUCCUAACGAUGUUAAUUGUUGAUGGCACUUUAUAAAAUUCUAGAAAUGUUCAAACUUUAUUUCAGAAAUUCUGGUAUUUUCUGAGGAAAAUCAAUAAUUCGCGGAGAAUCUCAUAAAUUUUUGAAAUAAAAUAUUUUCAUAAAAAAAGGUUGCUGUUUCAAAGUUUUUCUAAAAUUUUUGAAUAGUUUUUGAAAAUGUUAUAUUUUCUGAUGUUUUUUUUAUCAUUAUAAAUUCUGAAAUUUCGAGUGCUUUUUCUAGAAAACCUGAAUUUUCUGAGUAACUUUCAGCAAAAAAAAAAUGAGAAAAUUCGAAAUUUUAGUUCUGAAAAAACUACCGUUUCAAAGUUUUUCUAAAAUUUUUGGAUUAUUUUUGGAAAUGCUUGGUGUCCUAUUUCUACCGAAAAUAACGAAAAAAUGUACUGUUUCAAAGUUUUCUUAUAUUUUUCGAGGAAUUAUUUGAAUAUAUUAACUUCUUAAUGUUCGUUUCAAAAAUCAUCAGAAAUUUACUAUUUCAAAAAUUUGUGAAACAUUUUGGAUUUAUGUUCAGAAUUGAUACACGCGUUUUGAAACAUUCAAGCAAAAUUUUGAAAAAUUCAUCUGAAACCCUUAAAAAUCACGAAUUUUUCAUAAAAAUCGCAAUUCUUGAAUUUUCAGAGUUGCUCAUAAUUUCACUGUUUCAAAACUUGCACAUACGAUUUUGAAAAUCCGAAUUCUAAUUCCAAUUUUAAUUGCUAAUCGAAUAUAAUUUCAGAUGUAUUUUUAGCUGAAAAUUUCAGAAUCUCGGGAAAUUUGGAAUUUUGAUCAGAAAAAUUAUGAAUUUUGAAGAAUAAAAAAGUUCAGAAAAAUUGCUGUUUCAAAGUUUUUCUAUAAUUUUUUGAAUUGGUUUUGGAAAUGUUAAACUUGCUGAUUUAGUACAAAUUUCGAUAUUUCGGCAUCUUUUUCUAGGAAACCUGAAUUUUCUGAGAAACUUUCAUCCAAAAAAAUUGAGAAAGUUCGAAAUUUUGGUUCUGAAAAAAAAUUCACUGUUUCAAAAUUUUCGUAAAAUUUUUGAAAUGUGUUUUGGACAAUAAAAUAACGAUCGAAAUUUCACAAAAAAAUCUACUGUUUCAAAGUUUUCUUAUAAUUUUCGAGGAAUUAUUUGAAAAUAUUGAUGUCUCUUUUUCAUCCCAAAAAUCAGCAAAAUUUUACUGUUUCAAAAAUUCAUGAUAAUUCAAAUUCUGAGAAAUUCAUCUGAAACCCCUUAAAAUUCCCUCUAUUUUUUUCAGUGGUCCACCAGAGCCAGUAUUACUGGACACCUCCUCAAUUUUACCCGAUCGAAUUCUAUUAAUGGACGACUAUUUCCACGUGUUGAUUUUCCACGGUCAAACAAUUGCGCAAUGGAAAAAGGCGAAUUAUCAAGAUGAUCCACAAUAUGCGACAUUCAAGCAAUUAUUGGAAGCACCUGUUGCUGAUGCAACUUCAAUUUUACAAGAACGAUUCCCAAUGCCAAGAUAUAUUGUUACUGAACAUGAAGGAUCACAGGUCAGGUUUUGAGGGGGGAGAAUUUUGAUAUAAAGUAUGUGCAAAUUGGUGGAAAAUGAGGUUUUUUGAUGUAAAAUUCAUGAAAUUUGAAGAUUUUUGAGUUUUCUCGGCUCUCUGUGAGGUAAUGAGUAUCAAAUUAUUAAUUUUUGACAUUUUUUAUUUGAAAAUUUUGAAACAGUGAGUUGUUUUUCGGUUGUAAUAGCAGAAAAAUCUGGAUUUAUCAAUGAAAAAUAGAUGAAACAGUGAAUUUUUCUGAAAAUUGAUUUUUUUCACAAACAUAAGGCAAACAACUGUUCAUCAAAUAUUAAAUUUGGAAUAUUUUAAUAUUGAUUUUUUAAAACAGUGGAUUUUUUUCUCUCAAAAAAUCUAUGAUUUUCCGCUUUGUACACCUCUCAGCAAAGUGAAAAUCUGAAUUUUUAAAUGUCAUAAUUUUGAAACAGUGAAAUAUUUUUUUUCUAAUGGGGCUAUUCAGCGAAAAAAAAAUGUUUUCUCAACGGGAGAAAAGCGAAGAAAACCUAUUCAAGUCGGUUGAGAAAACAUAAAAAACAAACACUUGAAACACACAAAUUGCGACGAGACCCAACGAAAAACAACAUGUUCCUUUGACCUUUUGCAUUACUGUAAAUUGGUCCCGUUGCGAUUUUCUACAGUAACUUAAAGGAACAUGUUGUUUUUCGUUGGGUCUCGUCGCAAUUUGUGUGUUUCAAGUGUUUGUUUUUUUAUGUUUUCUCAACCGACUUGAAUAGGUUUUCUUCGCUUUUCUCCCGUUGAGAAAACAUUUUUUUUUUCGCUUAAUAGCCCCAUAAAAUUAUCAAAAUUUAUGAAUCAUGAAAAUCAAAGUUCUACAGAAAUCAAACACCGGAGCAUCCUAAAUUUUCUGAACUUUUUUAUGUUAAAUAUUUGAAACAGUGAAUUUUUGACAUUAUUUUUUUUUCAAUGUUUCACAAAAAAAAUUAUUUGAGAAUCAUUUUUUCACGGAACAUUUGAAGAUUUCAUAGUAAUUUUGAAACAGUUAGAUUUUCUUCAAAAAAAUAUGAUUUUUUUUUUUUUGAAAAUUUGGUCUGACAAAUUUCACCAUUUCAAAAAUUCUAUUAAUUCAACAACUUUAAUCAGUUUCAAACAAGUUAUUUUCAGACAAUAAAAUUCACUGUUUCAAAAUUUCCAUAAUUUUUUGAAAGCUAGAGAAAUUUUGAUCACAUCAUUUUUUGUGAACGAAUGAAUUUUGAAUCACAAGAAAAUUUCACUGUUUCAAAAAUUCUACAUAAUUUUUUCUGGGAAAUCAAAAUGACAUAGAUGAUGACUAAUUCAGAAAAGCAAAUUUUCAUUUAAAAUAAUUUUGAAACAGUAAAUUUUAAUCAAAAUUCUGAAUGAAAAUGUAUCUUUUCAAUUUUAUUUUUCAUGAAAAAUUCAAAUUUCAAAUAUUUUCAGUCGACGUGAAAUUUUUGAAACAGUAAAUUUUUGGAAUUUUUUUUUUCUGAUUGAUUGAGAAAAUUUCACUGUUUCACAAUUUUUAUAUGAGAAUUUUGGUUAUUUUUAGAUUGAUCUUAGUUUCUUAUUUGCCAACCAAAAAUUGAAAAAUAUAAAUGAAAUUCUAAAAAUCUCACUGUUUCAAUAAUUUUACAAAAUUUUAAUGGGUUUUUAAAUCUUCAGUGAAAUCGGAUUCCUCGUUUUAUCAAAAUUGUUUCUCAAAAAUUCACUGUUUCAAAACUUGCACAUACUUUUUUUGAAAAUCCGAAUUCAAUAAGUCUUACAUUUUGAACAAUAAAAAUUAUUUUUUCACUGUUUCGGAAUUUUUUAAAUUCCUUGAACAUGUUAAAAUUUUUGUUGAGUAGAUAAUGAUAAUUGGACAAAAUUGUGAAUAAGUGAAUUUUAAAUCACAGGAAAAUUUCACCGUUUUUAGAAUUUCUAUAUAAAUUUCGUAAACUAACAAAACUAAUUCAGAAAAGCAAAUCUUCAUUCAAAAUAAUUUUGAAACAGUAAAUUUUAAUCAAAUUUGUCUUUCCAGGCUCGUUUCCUGUUAUCCAAAGUCAAUCCAUCAUUAACCCACAACAAUCCAUAUGCAAAUGAAGGCGGAGCUGCUGUUUUCACUGACGAUGUUUCACUUCAAGUAUUUAUGGAGCAUUUGAAGAAGCUCUCUUCAAGUUCAUCCACCUAA